GGUUGCCAAACCAUUGGCAAAAAUAUGGCCAAGCAGCUGGUAUAAAGAUCAAUUCCCCGGAGUUUAUGAAAGUGGGGAAUGUGCUUAAUUGUUUGGAGCCCCAUAACUCGACCGGCGAGCUGCAUGGCGGAGUCCAGCACGCCUUUGAUGUUCCAUGGGUGUUUGUCCAGUUGCGCGGCGCAGGCUGCUCCUUAAUAAAACCCCACACUGGACGCCUAUGGGCCGGUCAGAGGGCUGCCCUUUCCGCCUCAUGGGACCGAGUUCUUUCGCUCCUUUCACGUUUCCCCCCUAUAAUCAGGCUGGAGUUCGUCACCCUGCCCGCAAAUCCUACCGGAGCAGCCCUACCUGAUGCAUUUACCCUCUCUGGGUUACACCUCACCCUCAUCGCUGGUGCUUUGGGCGAAGAAACGCGCUGUAUUGUAGCCGGCAGCCGGACUUUCAUCGACCGCUGAAGAGAUUCCCCAUAUCGGCGGAAACAGGUUUAUUCUACCCCGUUUUCUCCGUGCGGAAAGUCCCCAGCUCGCCGUGCAGCUAAUAAGCCGUUUAGGUGACUUGCUGCACGGGAAGAAGUUUAACUAUUAUUUCAGGGAGAGUUAUGAAAUUAGUGCGAGGUGGCUCGCCAGCCUGCGUGUUUGUGACCGGUUAAAAAUGAGCGGCGCUGUCCGCAGAUAUCGGGAGGUCAGGGAUGAAGGCUUUUCCCCCGUCAGUGUGCAGGACGGACGCAGCUUGAGAAAGCUGGGUCUGCGCUCCGUAUUACUCUGUCUCUCUGUCUGCACACUGCCCUCUCCAACGCUGACUGCUAGCCUGGCCGGGGUCGAGCACCCCGGGGUCUGUCCCAACAAGCUGAACGCCAAUCUGUGGGUUGAUGCCCAGAGCACCUGCGAAAGGGAGUGCAAUGCCGACCAGGACUGCGCAGGAUUUGAGAAGUGCUGCACUAACGUGUGCGGGCUGCGCAGCUGCGUGGCCGCCCGCUUUGCAGACAGCUCUGCGGCACAACUGGAGGCCCAAGGUGGAGCGGAUGGCGCGGGACGGAGGGGUGGAUCUGCCAGCUGCCUUGGCUUCGUAUGCAGCCAGCAAGGAGCCAUGUGUGACAUCUGGGAGGGACAGCCAGUGUGUAAGUGCCGGGACCGCUGCGAGAAGGAGCCCAGCUUCACGUGUGCCUCUGAUGGGCUCACUUACUUCAACCGCUGCUACAUGGAUGCCGAGGCCUGCAUACGGGGAGUCACAUUGACCGUGGUCACCUGCCGUUACCACCUAUCCUGGCCGCACACCAGCCCAUUGCCUCUGGAUACGACGGCACAUCCCACGCCCACAUCAUCCCAGGAGGACCCCCUUCCCCCCACGCUGUACAGCAACCCCACCCAUCAGUCCGUGGACAUAGGGGGGACAGUCAGCUUCCACUGUGAUGUCAUCGGGGUCCCCAGGCCAGACGUCACCUGGGAGAAGCAGACGGAACGGCGUGAAAGCAUGAUCAUGAGGCCCGACCAGAUGUAUGGCAACCUGGUCAUCACCAACAUCGGCCAGCUGGUCAUCUACAACGCCCAAGCGCGGGACACCGGCAUCUACACCUGCACUGCCCGCAAUGCUGCUGGCGUCCUACGGGCGGACUACCCUCUGUCAGUUAUCAGGCGCGCUGAGGAUGACCCCUCUGAGGACCCGGAUAUGGCCGUUCCUCUGGGACGCCCGUUCUCUUCCUCUGACUGCCUGGCGGAAGUGGACCGGCGGGAAUGCGGACAGCGUCAUGUGGACUGGUACUACGACAGCAAGCGCGGAACCUGCCGGACUUUCGUCAAUGGGGCCUGCGAGGGCAGCCGGAACCGCUUCGAGACGUACGAGGAGUGCCGUGCCUCCUGCCAGCGCGAGGGCACGGGAAUAUGCUCCCUCCCGGCCGUGCAGGGGCCAUGCAAGGCCUGGGAGUCACGGUGGGCGUACAAUUCGCUGUUAAAGCAGUGCCAGGCGUUCGCCUACGGGGGCUGCCAGGGGAACCGCAACAGCUUCCGCAGCAAAGCCGAAUGCGAGGCCAAUUGCCCGCAGCCCAAACGCCGGCCGUGCAAGACAUGCCGCACCAAGGGAAAGGUAACGUCCCUUCUGUGCCAGAGCGACUUCGCCAUCGUGGGCCGGCUGACGGAGCUAAUCGAGGACCUGGACUCUGGAAUCGCCCGCUUCACACUUGACAGAGUGCUGCGCGACGAGAAGAUGGGCCUGGCCUUCUUCAACACCCGCCAUCUCGAGGUCACGCUGGCCAAGAUGGACUGGAGGUGUCCCUGUCCGAAUAUCACCGUGGAGGACAGCCCCCUGCUGGUCAUGGGAGAGGUUCAGGAAGGCAUGGCUGUUAUCCAGCCCGAGAGUUACGUACGGCCCAUUACUGAAAGGCGUUUGAAGAAGAUAAUCGAGGUUCUAGAGAAGAAGACCUGUGAGACGCUGUAGCGCUUCCAAGAGUAGCCUUUGUAAUUCUGGUUCUGGGUACCAAGGCAGGGACAUGCUAGUAGGUACAAAGCCAAAGUAAAAUCAUUCAUUAUCUGUAGUUAUAGCCACCCCAACUAGAAAUGCAAUUACUGAUAAAUAGCAGUCUUGGAGAGACUUUCAUUGAAUAUUGUAGUUCAUUGUAGUUUUUAAUAGAUAUUGCUUGAAAGUAUAGUUUGUAUAUAUUUGUGUUGUAGAUUGGACAAAAUCUUUAAUUUACAUUUACCCUUGUUUUGAAUUUUGACUGAAAGGGUUUUUCCGACUCUCCAUGUGGUAACCUUUAGAAGUUCAUGUUCAUUCAUGAUUGAUGUGUAAAGCUACUGAGUGGAGCUGUUCUGUUAUUCAUUCAAAUAUACUUUUGCUCAGUUUCAGCAAGGA